ACCGUCUCUCUCCAGCACUCCAGCACUCCAGUAGUCCAGGAUGUCCCUAGUCUCCCUCCUCGGUCUCGCGGCGUGCCUGGUGGCCUCGGUUGUCGCCGCUCCCGCAGAAAUGUACACCACGAAAUUCGACAACGUCGACCUCCAGCAGAUCCUCCACAACGAGCGUCUCCUCCUCUCGUACUUCAACUGUCUCGUGGACAAAGGUCGCUGCACCCCUGACGGCGAGGAGCUCAAGAAGUCUCUCCCUGACGCGCUGCAGACCGCCUGCUCCAAGUGUUCCGAGAAGCAGAAGAAUGGCUCAGAGAAGGUGAUCCGUUUCCUGAUCGAAAAGAAGCACUCGAUGUACGAGGAGCUGGAGAAGAAGUAUGACCCUAACGGCAUCUACAAGGCACGAUACCGUCAAGAUGCGCAGAAGCAGGGUAUCAAAGUGUGAUAACUCCCCCCCCCCCCAGACUACAUCGACCCCACUGUGUUAUAGGCUGUAAUAAAUAUAUUUAGUUUAGUAAA